AUGAUUUCCCGAAGAAUCGAUCAGUCCAGUAACGCUCAUUCGCAGUCUUUUUCAGCACAGAACCUCCGACGUGGGAGACACGAUUCCGACUCCAUUUCAGCAUACGAUAACCCCGACUCAUCUGAGUCCAUCCUAAGCGAUGAAAGAUCUAUAUACAAUGCGAUCAGAGUCACCACGCCAAAUGAAUCCAGCCCUCGCUUCUAUGCGUCUCUCCUCAAUGAGAACCCCGUUCGCGAGCAAGGCUUAGCGGUAAACAUGGCCAGAUUCGUUCUUACGGACUCACAAGAUGAUCAUACUCCUGUCAAUGUGCCAACCAGGCGAGGAAAACGACAGAGGAUCAUAGGGAAGCUUGGGAAUCACACCAAGCUGUUAUCCGACCAGUACUGGCAAGCCACACACCGGUCGAGACCUGAUUGGAGUAAAACGACAUCGGUGCCAGACUCCCAUCAGACUUUGCAUCGCAAGGCUCUUUCCCUCGAUGAUGGUAGUAUUCGUAGGCCUAGAUGGCCUGGGAGCUUGGGACCUGCGGUAAUGACCGUCCAACCUCGAUAUCCACCCCAGAAAGAACGCCCACACCCCCCUGGCCUUCCCUCCUUCGGCACAUCAGAGGCUAUGAGCAUCUCUCAACGGUUCAUGAUCCCAGACAACGGUGCACGAUCACACGCAAACUUGCAAGGUGGUGGUCCUGCUGGUCAGCGUGGCGGUUCGUAUAGCGACACACUAAGGAGAUUAUUUGGGUUGCCGUCUUCUGCGUCUCAUGCUAGUGGGAUUUCCGUUAAUGGUAUAGGAAGAGCCGAGGAUGGCACGCUGGUACAGGGCCGGUUCCCGCAUCGACAAAGUGGCCAUGGAACGCACGUCGGUCGACCGCUACACGACCACCCUUUCCACCAACGCAAUCUUCCGAUUGCCCAUCUCGAAACCGCAGAUACAAGCCAUGAUCCUUAUUUUGAAGCCACACACACAAAGAGUGGUCCUGGAGGAAGCCCAAGCAGGCGGGCCCAGCCUGUGACCACGUCCUCGUCUAGGCCCUUACCAACGAACCCGGCCCCUGCUGUGGUAAACCGUCCACCGCGACCCAGAGCCACUGCACUUCUCAGUUUAUCACGCAAUUUGGCGGAACCAAACGGCCCUACGGAUUCAGCGGAAUCUUCUGCCCAAGGGACCAGAGCAACUGGAGCUCAUCUCCCUCCCAAUCCAUCGCGGCUGCAUUCGGUCAUCACGAUGGCUGUCUGUGGCGGCGGUGCAGAUGAAGGUUCUCAUGCAAACACGCCCGUCUGUCCGGACAUUUUGUCCUGGGUGAAAUCCCAUACUUACCUCUGCUGCUGCUCAGGCGGGCACGAGGAGUCGGAUGAUUCGCUCGGGGCAACCAGCUCGCGGGAUACAUAUGUAACCGCCCAAAGCCAGGCAUCGCCUACUGCAUCUCAGAAUGAAAACAGUGAGGAGAAUACCCGUCUUCAUGCCAUCCAGACAUGGAUCUCAUCUCUGUAUGGUGUCAUGUUCCCAGCCUUUGUGAACCCUGCCGCUGUAUAA